UGGGCUGACGUAAAGUUGCAUUUCCGCAGCGGAGGAGACACCACCGGCGGCAGCGUCUGGGGUCGCAUUUAAACUUAUCUGAAUAAAAAAUAUUUAGCUUCGCGUCCUCAGCGGACUGUUGUAGCUCGUGGAUUGACAUGGCGACGGAGAUAACGAAAGGUGUGGAACAGGUCUCAGUGGGUGAGCUGUAUGUGUCGGACAAAUGUGGCAGCGACCAGGAUGGGGACGGCACGGAGCAGAAACCCUUCAAAACUCCUCUCAAGGCUCUGUUGUUCGCUGGGAAGGAGCCGUUCCCGACCCUCUACGUAGAGUCACAGAAGGAAGGAGAGCGUUGGGCGGUGAUCUCCAAGACGCAGAUGAAGAAUGCGAAGAAGGCCUUCAACCGUGAGCAGACGAAGAACGACGCCAAAGAUAAGAAGGAGGCUGAGGACAGCGAGAGGAGAGAGAAGAACCUGGAGGAGGCCAAGAAGAUCAUCAUCGAGAACGACCCCAGCCUGCCUGAGCCUGAAGUGGUUAAAAUCCACCAUCUAGAGGCCAAGCGAGGUCAGAGAGUCAAAGUGUUUGGAUGGGUUCAUCGUCUCAGGAGACAGGGAAAGAACCUGAUGUUCAUUGUGCUGAGAGAUGGAACUGGUUUCCUCCAGUGUGUCCUGUCUGAUAAACUGUGCCAGUGCUACAACGGCUUGGUGUUGUCCACAGAGAGCACUGUCGCUCUGUACGGGAUUGUCACUCCAGUUCCUGAGGGGAAGCAGGCGCCCGGAGGCCACGAGCUGCACUGCGACUUCUGGGAGCUGAUCGGCCUAGCUCCGGCAGGCGGGGCCGACAACCUGCUGAACGAAGAGUCGGACGUGGACGUCCAGCUGAACAACCGACACAUGCUGAUCAGAGGAGAGAACGUCUCCAAGGUCCUCCGAGUCCGGUCCAUGGUCACGCAGUGCUUCAGGGACCACUUCUUCAGCCGCGGAUACUACGAGAUCACUCCUCCGACCCUGGUGCAGACUCAGGUGGAGGGCGGCUCCACGCUGUUUGGCCUCAACUACUUCGGCGAGCAGGCGUACCUGACGCAAUCCUCUCAGCUCUACCUGGAGACCUGCAUACCCGCCCUGGGCGACACCUUCUGCAUCGCCCAGUCAUACCGGGCAGAGCAGUCCCGCACCCGCAGACACUUGUCCGAGUACACUCAUAUCGAGGCCGAGUGUCCCUUCAUGUCGUUUGAGGAUCUGCUGGACAGACUGGAGGAUCUGGUGUGUGACGUGGUGGACAGAGUGCUCAAAUCCCCCGCCGCACCACUGCUCUACGACAUCAACCCCAACUUCAAACCUCCCAAGAGGCCGUUCAAGAGGAUGAACUACUCAGAAGCCAUCGAGUGGCUCAGAGAGCACGACGUCAAGAAGGACGAUGGCUCCUACUACGAGUUUGGAGAGGACAUCCCCGAGGCUCCGGAGAGGUUGAUGACAGACAGCAUCAACGAGACCAUCCUGCUCUGUCGUUUCCCCGCUGAGAUCAAAUCCUUCUACAUGCAGCGCUGUGCCGAUGACAGACGCCUCACCGAGUCGGUCGACGUGUUGAUGCCAAAUGUUGGCGAGAUCGUCGGAGGCUCGAUGCGUAUCUGGGACGCUGAGGAGCUGCUGGAGGGAUACAAGAGGGAGGGAAUCGACCCGACCCCGUACUACUGGUACACUGACCAGAGGAAGUACGGAACGUGUCCUCACGGCGGUUACGGUCUGGGUCUGGAGCGUUUCCUCACCUGGCUGCUGAACCGACAUCACAUCAGAGACGUCUGCCUGUACCCACGAUUCAUCCAGCGCUGCCGACCCUGAACACACGCACACUUACAUAUACAUACACACACACACAUACACACAUUCUGUUAGUAUAUCUGGAUCUGGCAUGUGGCAGCAGCCUGUGAGCCACAACAUCUGUCGCACCAACAUUAAAUCAAAUCACAAAGAAUUCUGUCUUUUGUCCCUCUGGCUAUUUUUAUUUUCUGUAUCAGACCUCAGCACAGUUAGAGACGCCGUCUGCUGCGCCGUCACAGCUUCCUUCCCAUUUGUUCUGGCUUGAAUCAGAUGGUCCUGCCUCUGCUCACACUCACCAGCUCAUCUUUUAACCAGUAAUAAACAUUAGUUUCCUGUGAGUGUCCACAAGUCCUGGAAAUACUGCAAACGUGUCUCAAAUGUGGUCUGCUGAGUAAAAGCUCCUCCUCCUUAAAUUCAGUUUUCCUCUUCAACUUACUGUCCAGAGGAGUUUGUAAACAUAAACUUAAAAAUGAAAAUUAAUUUAAAGCCUCAUAAAUAUACAUUUUUAAGUUUAUGUUUGCUAAUUCCUUUUGGAUUUUUUUACAUAUAAAGCAGCUGAUUUUCCUUCUCUGGUAUUUCGUCCAUUGUCAGUUGCACCAAAAAGAUCUUAGAUCUUAGGUUUUCUGCCUCACAGCUUAUUUGUAAAGUGAAGUUCAGUUCUCAUAAUUCGGAGAUAUGAAACUCAUAAUCACCAAAUAAGGUUUUCAUUUAUUUUCUCUGAAUGCACGUCUGUAGGAAAAUGGUUACAAAACAUUUGCGUCCCUUUGAUAUCCAGGAAAAGAAUCCUGUGGCUCAGCCUGUGGACUCUGAUGUACUCUGUGCGUUAGGUUUGAUGUAAAGACACAGUGCGUCUGAAUCACACACUCCGCUCCGCUCAUUAUUUGGUGGUUGAGUAACGUUUACUUUCGUCAGUGCUGCUUUUGUGCACUUUUUGUGUACGUGGGAACAUUUGACUUCUUACCUGAGAGAAACAGCUGGGUCUGGAGACCAGAGGUGGAAAUAUAACUCAUCAGACUGACAUCAGUGGUUUAGACGUGUGACGUAGGCGUCGGCCUCAUCAUGUUUGUACUUUCUGCCUCUUCAUCUGAAAUACUCAAUAAACUGCACUUAAAUAAAUGUGAUUCAAACUGC